GAGUUAAAUUCAGCCAGUUUCGGUUUGUACAUAACGCAUGUCACAAUCGGUUUAUCAUAGAUCGAUCCAUUUUCUCAGUUUCCAUUUAAAUAAAUCACCUGCACAAGCUAGGCGGCGCUUCCGGGCUAUUCGUGGAAUUUUAAGGUUUGGCGAAUGCCGAUAUUGUACAUGUACAAAAGAGGAAUUUGGUGAUUAUCAGAAAAGCAUAAAAUUUGGAUUUCCAUACGAACUCGAACGUUACCUGGAGAUUUAGUUACUUGUCCACAAACAAGAAAAAUGGACCCGUAUCCCUUCCUAUCCAUUUUUCUUCAUGUGAGCAUUUUGGUAAAAGAGAUAUAUCCGAAAGCACUAACAUGUCCAGCGACCAUACCAACUGUGACGUACGUUGGAAAAUGCCCCUCUAAUGAGAAGGAAUGGAAAAUAGCGGCUGAGGAGAAAAGGUGCGAUAAACUGGCGAAAUAUCAGAACUGCUCGUCUCCAGAAGAUUUCGUCUACCACUGUAUAUUAAACAAAGAAGCAACAAAGCUUAUAGAAGUUUGUGCUCCAACAUGGUAUAUGUCAGGUUACUGUGCACGCUUCAGCAUUACAGAUGAGAGAAUUGUCAAUCAGCCAGGGCUGGACUGUACACAGUUUAAUCCUCCCUGUCCUACAAGAUUUCUGUCCAAUUCAUCUGCUAAGUAUCAGACGUGUUACAGCAAAAUAUCAUCACCAUCUCCACAAAAAUCAGCUCCACAAGGAACGAAUUCACAAGCCAGUUGCAAGUCACUAAUUGCAUUAAUUGUCGUCGUUUGCAUAGUGAUCCUAAUUUUGGUUAUAGAGAACAUUGUGUGUGUGUUAUUAUACAAAAAGAAAUUAUUGACAAUAGAUAAAUGGUGGAAAAGAACAGCACACAGGCAAGAGAAUGCAGGAAGUCCUUCCACUCCCGAGAAAGCUGAAUUACUACCAGAAGCAUGCAGUCCUAAUACUGAGGAGACUGCAAACGCUGAAGGCGCUCAUGAUGAUCCUGGAUUAAUAUCCAUACCCAUCGAAGAAAGAAAUACCCGUAGCUCUACUAAUGAAGCAGAUGAAAAAGAAAAUACAAAGAGAUUGGCGGAUGAAGCUAAAGAUGAAAAAAUGGAUUUCAAAAGACUGUCGGGAAAAAGUGGACAAUGUAGUAUCAAGAAUUUGAAAACAAUUUCGGACUUGAAAGAGAACUUGUCCAAAAUAUUUAAGGUAGACACAAACUCACUCUGGAUAGUUGAAAAAGAAAUGGGAGUUAUCUAUGAUGAUGACAGAGAUUUUGCGGAUUUGAAAAAGCACCAAAAUACCAUAGAAGUAGUUAUUGGAAACUCCGACAGAACUGUACAAGAGCCCGAAUGUGACGUCAUAUCCAAGAAGUCUAUAUUUUCCAGAAGAUGCGAAAUGAACUGCGCUCAUCUAACAACUCCUGAUACCCUCUUUGCCCACACUAGAAGCUCGUUGAAGUCUGGGAGUGUAAGCGUGCAAUGUCCAGAGUGUAAAGGAAAGUGGGGAAUGGAAGAACUUAUUGAGAAGUGCGCUAUGUCAGACGACGAAACAAUAUUUUUCACGCAGCUAGUUAAAUUGAAUAAAGCGACCAAGGAGAUGGUCGAUAAACGGCGACACGUAUAACCAAUCUGACUUUUUCUCGAUUUUACAUUUGAUCAAAAUAUUUGAAAUAAGAUGAAUGAUACCUGUUCAUUAAACACAUUUUUUCUUGUU